AUGGUGGGCAUUGGGCCAUCCAACCAACACCAUGAGGUAAAUCAACAACUUAAUGAAUUCGAGUGGUCAUCAGAAUUAAACAACACUGAUGUUCCAAUGGAGGGUGUUGAGGUACCCAUCAUACGAACGGAUUUUACAAUAUUUUCACCAUUGAUAAAAGAAGUCCAAAAAUACGCGGAUAAAAUUGGAGAUAGUUACGAAAAGGCCGAACAUAAUAGAAGAGUUUGCAGUGUAUUACUUAAACGUGCUAAUAGCGCUGCAGUCGAAGUGAAAUCUUUACGUCAGCUAAAAAAAGAUUACAAUUGGUUUUUUGAAAAUAGUAGUAAUUAUCCGAUUUUCCAAGGAUUCGUUAAAGUGAUAGAAAAAAUCCAAAAUUUUGUCAACAAUGUUUCGCAGCUACAAGGUGUUAUGAAAUACUUUAAUGAAUAUAGAACCCCCGAAUUUUCGAUGGAUAGAAAAUUUGAUAGCCUUAUUGUCGAAUUUGAAAAGUCAACAGAAGAACUUAUUAUUGCGUUACAAAAUCGCUUCGUUUUUGUUAAACCGAAAGGUCAAAACGUUGAAGACAACGAAGCUAUAAACCUGGAUAUGCGUGAUAUACAAAAAUAUAUUGAAACCAUCGCUGCUACGAGUUAUGAGCCUUCGGAUCGUCCAACUCUUAAAGAUAUAUUUACAGAACUUUUUGAUCUUUCUAAAAAAAAUCUGCCAGCUACUCAACGACAAUCUGUUAAUCUUCCGAUUCCAACACCAAUUCUAUCUUCUGUCCAAAUUGUUCAAGAUGCUAUCACUAUACAUAAAUCGAGGAACGGUGAUCGUAAAUCAGCAUAUCAAAUAUUUUGCAAAUAUGCAGAUUUAGGCGAUUCCACUGCAAAAUAUUGGGUCGGAUACUACUUAUAUUAUAAUUGCUUAAAUGAACAACGAACUAGCGAACAACAUAGAGUUGCAAUAAUCCGAGCUGCAAGAUUUUUCAAAGAAACCGCUGAUAUGGAUUUACCAGAGGCUCAACUUCGUUAUGGUCAUUGUCUUUGGAAAGGGGAAGGUGUUGAAAAAAAUGUAAUAGAAGCUGUGGCAUAUUUCGAGAAAUCCGCAGAUAAUGGAAACUCGACUGCUAUGUAUAAUGUUGGAAACAUGUAUUACAAUGGAAAUGGAGUAAUUCAAAAUAUAGAAAAAGGUGCAUACUAUUUGAGGCUGGCGGCAUUAAAAGGUCAACCGAAAGCUAUCGACAUGUGCAAAAGAUGUCGGAUUUCACUUUAA